GCUCUGGGCUCUUCGAUUGAGCCCAGGGCAGUUCAGUUCCGGGGUUCCGGGCAGACACCUCACUGAAUGUUGCUUUCAUGCGACUGCACAAUUGGCACAAAGCAGUGGCACUGAAAGAUUGGUUGGGGUGCUCUGGGCCUUGCAGGCGGUGACAGAAAGUUCCCCGGUUCCGCCCGUCGGCGCCCUAUUGUUGUCACGCAGGGAGCGCAGGGCAGUGGUUCGCGACUCCCCAGCCGUGCGGCGGCCAGUGGGUGAAUAGUUGCGACUGAAACAAAACGGCGGAUUUUAGGAAUCCAAUCCGUCUCUCGACGGCAACAUCCGAUUCGAGAACCCUUUUUGCAGUGAACAAACUAUUUCGACGGGAUUCCUCCUGACCUUGCCGCUUCCUUCAUUCCCUUUUUUUUUCUCUGCGCGAUAUCAUUCGUCUUCGUUUCUCUCGGGUUUCUUCGUUGACCUUGACCGGCUUUAAUCAUCAACUCUGGACUUUUUGUAACUCGUCUGUUACCGCCUUUCCCAUCGCAUCGCGUGUUGCCCGUCGCAAACUCAAAUCGUAUCGAAUUACUCGGCAUCGAACGAUCGCAAACCCGCAACGGUUCCUUCUCUCAAUUCGCGCCUUUCCCGAGUAAACAUACACACACACACACACACACAUACACCAAGACAUCAGUUACCGGAAACAGACUCCCGCCCAUCAUGUCUUCCUACCUCGACGCCUUCAGCAAGUGGUUCAAGCUCAAGAUUUACCAGCUUGAGGUUACCAUGAGCGUGUACAUCUUUACGCCUAUUGAGAAGUUCAUAUUUUACUCUGUCCUCUUCCUCCUCGUCUCUCUCACCUUCAUCGCCACCUUCCUCUACCUUCCGCAUCACGUGCAAUUCAUCGCCCGCCGCGCCUGGUUCUACAUGCACGGCGACGCCCAGGACUCGCUUCUCGACGUCGUCCACAACGCCGUCACCGUUACCAAGAGCGCAUUGCUAGGAUCGGAGAAGACUGUCGAAGCAUUGGGCAGAGCGGCGGAUGCUACGAUGGGCAUUGUUAGGGAACUCUAAAUAUCCAUUGGACGAGAAAAAAUAAGUGGAACAGUCAGGCCUGCCGGUUGAGGGGCUGUUGCGCUCUGGGGCGGCGAGAGCUGUGUUGUGUCUGAGUGGGGCGUUGAGUGGCAGCGGUGUCGGUAAUGGCAGGUGGGAGGGGAGUUGUCACGACGAGAACUUAGGGCAAUCGAGUUGGCUACAUCCUUUUUUCUCUGAUAAUGGGGAAGUAGAGGGACGCGGUACGCGAGCGAGUACCGCUCAACAAAUUGGGUUGGCAGACUGGGGAACAACAUCAACACCAUGUCUUCGUACAACUCUCGACAACUCAACAGCCGAUGGGUUUGGCAGGUUGUCCGUAUCUCAGAACCGGACCCUCCGGUAUUCGCGAUACAGACACGACAAAUGCUAUUGGGGAUGGGCUUCUCUCGGUCGACGCUCCAUGUCCAAAGGCCUCGGUGGUGUAUGCUGUUUUAAUGUUGCUGGAAUGAGUUCGGGACCUUGACGUCGGAUGGAGCCAAGGGGUGUCAGUUGGGUUAUUUGGCGUUUGGGGUUGGGAAAAGAAAUAUCAUACGUAAUGAAGCUAGCUGGUCAAGGUUGGGAGACCGUAAACGAUAGAUGAACACUACAUAAUAUUCUUGCAUACAAGUACACGACAGGACCGUCCCGGCUGAGGUAGUCUGAUAAUAGCAGUACAUGAUCAACAAG